UGGUUCAAGGUUCCAGAAGCCUUUAUGGAGGUGACUGUGCGUUCAAGUGAUGUGCAGCACACACAUUUGGGUCGCCGACAGAAAACAUCAUACAAGAACAGUGUGCAGGGGAACGAUUGGACCGCGGCCUCCUUAGGCCGACCUCAUUGCCACCCCUCUGAGCUGCUCUCCCGCCUGGAUCGUGGAGAAGAGGCCUGGGUUCCACAACUCCAGAGCUCUGAUGAAAGUGCAGAUGAAGGCCCAAUUAAGCCAACAUUGAAGCAGUUACCGACGGGAGGCACCUGGUGGGCUCGAUAUCGGAGUCCUGUGACAUACCCCAGUUCAGAGUCUGCAAACUCAGAUAAUGAUCAAGAAAGCGAAGAAGAGAAGCCGCAUCGUGGAAGUGAUCCUCAUCGUGGAAGUUAUCCUCAUCGUGGAAGUUAUCCUCAUCGUGGAGGUUUUCAACCGACGAUCCUUCGCCGAAACUUAUUUAAUAAUUCCAAGGGGAGUGGAUCGCAGAGUCUGAAGCCUAAAGAAGCCUAUAAACAUGGGUCCCAGUUGAAGAAGUCUUCACAAAGUCAUCUGGGAAAGACAAAGGCAGAAACGGGCAAUGCCAACGAGAGCUCAACCAAAGAAAGAGCUGGAGGAAGGGACCAGCAAGUCUCAUGCCCUGAUUGUGGACAAAUCUUCAAGUCCAAAAUAUCUCGCGCCAAUCACCAGAGGAUACAUACUACAAUGAAGGCCUACACAUGCCCUCACUGUGAAGAAAGCUUUUCAUCCAAAAAAGUCCUUGACUGCCACCAGAAGUGUCACAGAGCAGAAGUGGGCAACAGACCUUCCUACAGCCUUGUGAAGCAUCAAAACAUGAGGCUCUAUGAAUGUUUGGCUUGCAAGAAAACUUUUGAGCUCAAAGAGCAGUUCCUCCUGCAUCAAAAGAGCCACACAACUCAGCAGUCUCACGAGUGCCCUGAAUGUGGCGAAACCUUUGUUUGUAAGGAACUUCUUGACAAACAUCAAAACUGCCACACAACAUCCAAAAACAACAGAAAGAAGGCUAAGAAGGAAGGAAAGAUAGAAAGUGCGCCUGAACCUACAAAAAGGAAAGAAAGCACAGCCCCUGUCUCUGGGGGCCCUAGAUCACUGAACAUUGGCCUCACUAGACAGCAGCAAGACCAAGUCAACCUCCAUAAAUGUCAGUUUUGUGGGAAAUGCCUAAGGUUCAAAAGUUUGCUUGUGGACCACGAGAGAAUGCACAAGGAAGCAAAGCCAUAUCAAUGUUCCCAGUGUAGUAAAAGCUUCCUCCAUAAGUCCAUUUUGAUGUCACACAUGAUGACCCAUAUGAAACAGGCGUCCAGAAAACAUCCAAAGAAAGUUAAAAGCUUGGCUGUGAAAAGUGCCUUGGUUGAUUCGGAGAACUCUCACAAAAGAGGAAAUACCUCUAAAUGCCCAGUUUCCAGAAAAAUCAUCACUCGUAGCUCUUACCGCGUUUGGGGCCCAAGAAAACAGGCACAGAAAAGACCCUAUCGGUGUCAAUAUUGUGGGAAAUGUUUAAGCACACGUGUCACGCUUGCUGAUCAUGAGAAACUCCACAUGGGUGAGAGACCUUAUAAAUGCCACAAAUGCACAGAAAGUUUCAUUCGAAAACACCACCUUUUCCGACAUCUAGAGAAUCACCAAAGAGAAGUCUCCAAUGGCGACGUCAAACGUUUGAGGAUCCAAAGUCACCACGCUUUACCAGAAGGAAUCCACCACGCACAGGAGACUCCUGAAGGUCUUCUCCCUGCAAGUGAUGUCACUCGCCACUCGGGCCUUGCCAAGCACCCCAAAACCCCCACUCAGGAGAAUUACGUAUGUCAGCAUUGUGGGAAACGCACGAGAACCAAAAGCUCCUUUGUCAAUCAUGGGAAAAUCCAUAGGGGAAAGCAACAGCCGUACCCCCCCUUGGAACGUGGGGAAAAUACCUCCCAAGAAAAACCUCUGGCUUCCCACCAAGAAACCCAUGUGAGGGGAAAACUCUCUCUGUCCUCAGACUCCAAGGACAAAAUGUGCCCCAAAGAUCCCCCCUUCUCCCUCAGGGUUCCCCAUAGCAAAAAACAGCCCCAACUCUGUCAAAAAUGUGGAAAAACCUUUGAUAGUAACUACUCCUUCAUCAGGCAUCAACUGACCCACUCUGGGCAAAAGCCUUUCAGAUGUGCCACCUGUGGAAAAGCCUUCAUCCAGAUGUGGCAUCUGAAGAGACAUGAGAAGACGCACCUGACAAGAAAAUUCCACAAACAGCCCGUUGUAAGGAAGGUCAACCAUGAAAAUAGCCAGCCGGACCGAAAGCUCUUCAAAUGCUCUCUGUGUGGGAAAGGCUUCUUUCAACCAAAGCACCUGAAAACACACAAGAGGAUUCACCUGAAUGAAGAAUGCCGUAAACUAUCUUCAAUCAUGGAGAUAACACGGGCAUUUUCUAAUUUCCGGAGUGGCACAGCUUCUAAGGAGAAAAGCCAGGGAGAUCCUGUUGGAAAAGCGUUGCUGCAGCUACCAACUCAUACAGCUGAGGUUGUCGGCUCGCCACAUGCCCAGGCAUUAAAGAGACACCUCCUGGUGGCAUUAGAAGAAAGAUUAGACAUAGGAGCUCCAGAAAAGCAUAUUACAACGCCAGUGCAAUUAUCUAGAAAAUUCAACAAAAAUAUUUUGUUGGGCUAUGGGAAAAUCAGCCAGGCAGCGAAAUCGGAGAGGAAACCAAGACGAAAGGACAUAUUCUCUACCCAUCAGCCCAGGACCUGCUCCAAAAACGCCCAUUCCCCAAGUCAUAAGAAGGAGAAAAACCACGACGGCUGGCAAUUGAGACCUCGGGCUUCCUCCAUGAGAAAAUCUGAGAGAGAAAUGCAGCUUGUGGGGGAAAGGUCCAAACGUCGCUUUUGCCAACGAGAAGAACGAGAAAUGGUCCGCCCGAACACAUCCAACCGCCCCAGGAAAGUAAAAUGUUGCGAUGGUCCUCAAAGCGACCCCUCAAAGGAUCUUGGCCUCAAACUGCCCUGCCAGAAAACGUUCUCCAGAGAAGCCCAAAUGAAAGUUGCCAAAAGUGUUGCGCAAAGGGACACAGUCUCUGUGGCGCAGGAAAGGGAAUCGCUUGAGGCCAACUCUGGCUGUCGGAGUUGUGAGAAAGAAAAAUGCAAGCCCUCCAACGUCAGCGAUCCGGCAGAAUCCCAGCCUGUGCCACGGUUGUCCAAAAACAAGAUCCCGCAGGACCACGAACGAUUCUGCCCUCUAAAUGCGUACUCAAAUGCUGCCGCCCAGAACUUGGGGACAGCAUCUUUGGCUCAGCAGCUGGGAGAGAUCCAAAAUCCACGAAGGAUACAGAAGAGAGUAAAAGGUAGACGCAGCGUUGAACUGCAAACAACGCUAUCGAGGAAGCUCCAAAGCUCGCCUUCUGAGGAAAAAGCCGCCUGUGAUCAGCACGUCUGCAGCCAGUGCAAGAAAUCCUUCCGUAGUCGGACCAAUCUCUUGAUUCAUGAGAAGAAUCACACUGAGAUCAGACCGUUCCCAUGCAUCCAGUGUAAGAAAAGUUUCUUUUCUGUGACGGCCCUUAAGGUCCACAUGCGGAUCCAUACGGGAGAGAAGCCUUUCAAGUGCUCCGAAUGCGACUUUUGCUGCAAUUUUUUGUGUAAUCUCAACAAGCACAAGACCACUCACAGCCAGGAAAGACUCCACCCUUGCAUACAUUGUGGGAAAAGCUUCUGGCUGAAUCCUAAGCUUGUGACUCAUUUAAAGUUUAGUGGCAAGAAGAAGGCUUAUGCCUGCCCUAGUUGUGAACAAGCAGCUGUGCACACGAACCUUCUAAAGCGGAAGAGGAAGAAGUUCUGA